AUGAGAGUGCGAUUAUAUCCGGGGAAUAAAGUUACCUUUAUUUGGAUAGCCGUUAAAUUUCCGGAUAUCCUGUUUGAACUCGUAUCCAAAAUUUUUUCGGAUGAUUGGACUUUUGGGAAAUGUAUUGGAUGUAUUGUAAAUUCUAGGCGAAGCUUGCUUAGCGCUGAAACGACGGGGAUGACUUUAAACGCCAAUGUUCCUCCUAAGGAAAAUGCUUCAGAAGUUGUCGAUGCUUAUGAUAAUCAAGCAGCUGAUGAUGAAUAUGACUAUAUUGAUUAUACUUUAAACUAUGAAAGUGAUCGUAAAGAGCUAAGCAAGCAGGAAGAAAUCGCUUUAGCCGAAGAAAAGAAAGUUGAUACUACUACUUCCAACGAUAAAGAUCAAACUUCAUCUUCAAGUGAUGACUUGACAAUUCAAGGAAUCGUUACUGAUCAAACUGAAGUAAUUGUUUCAUCAACUACCACACAAUCAAGACGUGAAAAUUCAAGUCGUACUUCUAGUACCGAUUCUUUUCAAACGGAUGUAUCAGAAAAAGAAAAUUAUAAUGUUUCUGAUCAUGAAAGUGACACUUCAUAUGAAAAGGAUGAAUUAGAAAAGGAUGAAAAAAUUAUUGCAUAUGUAGAUCAGGUUAAUAUAGAAGUCAAUCCCAGUGUAGAAGAAAUUUUCGUUGAUAAAUCCAAAGAUCAGAAAGAAAUCGUCGUAUCAACAGAAAGAAAACUUGACCCCACUGAAGAAGAAUUGCCGAGCGAAAGUGCCUCCGAUAAGUCCGAGGAUAAUUCCGGUGAGAGCAAACUAGGUAAAUCUUUGGAGAAAAAUGUUAAUGAUUUUGUAGAAAAUCCUUUAGUAGAUAGUUUCUCAGAAGAAUCUGAAAUUAAAAUUGUGGACGAGAAAAGUGAUAACGGUUUGGAAGGGAACCCUUCAGAAAAUGUUCCAGAAUCUAUUUUUGAUGAAUUAGAAAAUAAGAAAUUGGAUGAUAUUAAUUCCAACACCAUUUUUUCUAAUACGAGUCAAGAAUAUGUUACAAAGAAUUUAUCUGAGGAAAAUGGUCCAUUAUAUAACAAUAAUGAUAAUGGAGAAAAUUUGCAAAUUAUUCCAGAAGAUCAUGAAAUGGAAAUUUUACCAAUUAAUGCCAAUUCCUCUUCAUUUUCUUCUGAAGAUAAACAAAGCGAAAGAGAUUCAAUGAGUGAAACCUUUACUUCAAAAACUAGUAGUCUUUCUUCGACAUUAAUACAUCAAUCAAUCGAUUUUACGAAUGGGACAGAAAAUGAAAGUUUUGAAAAUAUAUAUGAUGAAAAACAUGAUUUAAAUCGUUUAUCCGUAGCUUCUCUUAGAGAGAGUCCAGAAUUAAAUGACAUUUCUUUAGAUGAUGACACUCUAAGUGCACAAGAAUCAUCUAAAGAAUGGAAUUUGGCGGAUUGGGGUUUCCCAACAUCCACUUCGUUAAAAACAAUUUCAACAUUUUUUAGUCCACGUUCGACCACUUCUACUGUUACUUCAACAUCACCAAAAAGUACCAGUAGCGGUGAAAAAAUUGAUCCCCAUCGUAUGUCAACUGUAUCAAUGACAUCUACUGGUUCUACUGGUUCUAAUUAUGAUUUAUUAUUAGCAAGACUUGAAAGGGAAAAUCAAAUGUUACAAGAAGAUCCAAAGGCAAAGAGGAUGUCUCUUCAAGGAAUUGCCGACAUAAAGGCUAGUUUCGAACGUGUGCAACAUGAGGCUACUGGGGGCGAAGCUGACGAUGACAUUGAUUGGGAUUUCUGGGGUCAAAUAAUUUCCGAUUAUGAAACGGUUGCGAGGUCGCAACCGCGUCAACUAUCAAAAAUGAUUCAGAAAGGAAUUCCACAAGCUUUGCGUGGUAUGAUAUGGCAACUUAUGUCAAAAUCAAAAGAUAGUGAAUUAGAGUCGACAUAUGCUCAAUUGCUAAAGGAAACGAGUCCUCAUGAAAAGAUGAUCAUAAGAGAUUUGAAUAGGACUUUUCCAAAGCAUAAAUAUUUUCAGGAUCAAGACGGUAUAGGCCAAGAAGGAUUAUUUAACGUAGUAAAGGCAUAUUCGCUUUAUGAUACGGAUGUUGGAUAUUGUCAAGGAAUUUCCUUUGUUGUUGGACCUUUACUUUUAAAUAUGCCUGAUGAAGAAGCAUUUUGUGUACUUGUUAGAUUAAUGAAAUUCUAUAAUAUGCGAGGUCAUUUCUUGCCUGGCAUGGAUGGUUUACAACUUCGCCUUUUUCAAUUUGAUCGACUUGUUGAAGAAAUGCUACCUAAAAUUCAUAGUCACUUACAAGCGCAGGGAAUAAAUUCUUCAAUGUAUGCUUCACAAUGGUUCAUGACACUUUUUGCAUAUAAGUUCCCUUUAUCUUUAGUUUUUAGAAUAUAUGAUACUAUUUUUACUGAAGGAAUUGAAGCUAUAUUCCGAUUUAGCAUUGCACUUUUAAAGAAAAAUGAAAAAAGAAUUGUAGAAAUGGAAUUUGAAACGCUUUUAGAAUAUCUAAAAAGUGGAUUAUUUGAAAAUUAUCAGAUUACGCAUACCGGGGUUCUUGCUCAAUUAGUUAAAGAGACGCAAUAUCACACUAAUGAUUUUGUUAAGGAUGCAUAUAAUAUACGGAUUACCACCAAAAAAUUAAAUAAAUAUCAACAAGCAUAUUAUGCACAACAAGAGGCUGAAAAAAGAAAAGUAUUAGCAGAAGCCGAAGCGACAGAAAAGUUACGAUCAAGCAAUAAUCAAUUAUCAAGUCAUGUUAAAAAUUUAGAAGGGAGUUUACAAACACUCAAUCGAGAACAUGUUGAAUUAGCUAACGUGUUAGUUAAUACUAAAAUGGAAUUAGCAAAAGUACAGAAUGAAAAUGAUGAAUUACAUUCAAUAGUAGCAGAAUUGCGUAAAACAGUUGAAGAUCAACCAGCAAAAGUUGAAGCCAAUUUACGAGAAGAAAUGAAUGCUUUAGCAGAAAAAAAUAUUAGUCUCGUACAAAGUAAUAAUAAUUUAGAAGAUCAAUUAUCAAAUUUAGAAAAUAUGUUAAUUGAGAUUAAAAUGAGAUACGCUGAAAGUGAAAAUGAAAGGGAAGUAUUACAAAGAAAAUGGAAUGAGUUAAGAAAAGCUUUAGGAUAA